AUGAGUCAAAACUCCGGCAAGAGGACCAGAACCGACGAAGCUGACAGGUUCGUCGCGCUCCCAGAUGACUUGCUCAUCACCAUCCUAGCUAAGGUGGCGUCUGGAGCCGCAUCACCAGCAGAUCUAGCCAACGCCAGGAUGACGUUCAGUAGAUUCAGAGAUCUUGGUUACAACAGCGCGGUCCUGAAGAAUGCCUCUGCAAGCUGCAUAGCCGUCAGGCCAAAGAACUGGUCGAUCCAUGCACAGCACUUCCUAAAGUGCUGCGCGGAGGCUGGAAACGACGGUGCUUCAUAUCUCCUUGGCAUGAUACUCUUCUACUGCAUCGGCGAUCACCAAGGAGGAGCCGAUCUAAUCGCUGAUGCUGCCCUUCAGGACAACUGCUACGCCAUUUACUCUCUUGCCGUCAUCAUGUUCAACGGCAGUGGAGGAACAAGGGAAGAUCGCAACAUACUUGCAGGCGCCGGACUCUGUUCAAGCGCUGCAAGGCUUGGUCACCUGGAAGCUCUUCGCGAGCUCGGCUUCUGUCUCAUAGAUGGAUACGGCCUCAACCGUUCCGUCAUGAACGGGCGAAGGUUGCUGCUGCAAGCAACUGCCCGGGAGCUGUCUCCUGUGGCGGCACUCUCAUAUGCCAGACGUGCGCCACCUCAAAUGAUCCUGGCCGGCAUGCAUAGUGGUUUGCAUCAAGGAACAUCCAUAGAGGGCAAGACAUGGACAACGUUGAUCCAACCGUCGAGCAACUUAUAUUAUGCUGCAAUUUUGGAUGUGGUCGCAGAGAAACUAGAUGCCAGGAAUUCCGGUCAUGCUCCGGAUGCGGCGAGGCUUUCAUCUGUUCUCGCGCUCGCCGGGCAGCACACUCGGAAGGCUGUGCACGGAGUGUCUUGCGGGCGGAUGGUACAAGCCGACCAGGCCAAUGGAGCGGACGGUGGCCACGAGGCAGCGGAUGAAGCUGUGCAGGCACUUGAUGUCUGA